AUGGCCGCGACUGCUGGCUACACGCCGCUGGAUGCACCCCUAUUCCCUACUCACGAGGAUCCAGUCUUUACCGAUUUGCAAUGGGAAUCUUUUCUCUCGCUGUGCGACGUGGUCAUCCCCGCUUUGACCACAGAAAAGAACCCCAAGAAAUUAUACCAAAAGAGAAUCACCACUGAAGAAUACGACUCUGCGGUCAAAUCCAUCACUGAGACACUGAAAACACCAGACGCGGUCCAAACGGCUCGUCAAUUUCUUGAAGAGAAUGUAUCUUCCAAUCCGCUGUUCAAAGAAGCUCUUCGACGAGCCUUUUCACUCAACGUCCCCCAAGAGUCUAAAAAUGGCCUAUCAUUGAUUUUGACUGCACUAAACACCCGCGCUGGGUCUCUGCUAUUGACUGGGUCAUCCACUCCCAUCCAGAACCAGUCGUUUGAAGCACGAGAAAAAGUUCUGAACAACUGGUUGACUUCGAGACUACCCCAACUGCGUCAAGUUGGUAAAUCUGUAAUGCUCCUGUCAAAACGUCAAUGGCUCAUCAACAGCCCAACUUCAAACGAGAUCAUUGGCUUUCCUCGAGUGCCAGUGUAUGGCAAGCCAGCAGACACUUUUGACUACCAAUUUCUUCAGUUUCCUCCCGGCGAUGACGUUGAGACUAUCGAGACCGACGUUGUCAUUGUCGGAAGCGGCUGCGGUGGUGGCGUGGCAGCAAAAAACCUGGCCGAGGCAGGUCAUCGCGUGGUUGUGGUCGAAAAAGCCUAUCAUUAUCCAUCGUCCUACUUUCCAAUGACUCAAGGCAGUGCAUUCACCCAUAUGUUCGAGCAAGGAGGAAACACGAUAAGUGAUGAUGGCUACUUGGCUGUACUAGCUGGAGCAACCUGGGGUGGUGGUGGCACUGUCAACUGGGGAGCUUCCCUACGAACGCAGAAUUAUGUUCGCCAGGAAUGGGCAGAUACCGGCCUGCCGUUCUUUACGUCGCCAGAAUUUUCAAACUCUCUAGAUCGUGUCUGCCAUCGAAUGGGCGUGCACACUGAAUAUGAACAGAGCUUCCAGAAUAAGGUCACCAUUGAGGGGUCCAAGAAAUUAGGAUAUAACGCACAAAUAAUUCCGACAAAUUCCGGCAACACGCCACACUAUUGUGGACACUGUACUCUCGGUUGUCACAAUGUAGGCAAGAAAGGCCCUGUGGCCUCCUGGCUUGUCGAUGCAGCAGAAGCUGGUGCGACAUUCAUUGAAGGGUUCAAAGCCGAGAAAGUUCUUUUCGACACUGUCAAAGGAAAGAAAGUGGCGGCUGGAGUUGAGGGKGAGKGGACAUCUCGAGAUACUCAUUUAGGAACUUCGGGCAAGGAAGCUACACGUAGGAAGGUUCAAAUCAAAGCAAAGAAGGUCAUUGUAUCAUGCGGCACUCUUCAGAGUCCUUUGUUGUUGAUGCGGAGCGGCAUUAAAAACAGCCAUUUGGGACGAAAUCUUUACUUACACCCUGUGAUGCUCGCCGCCGCUGUGUUUGAAGAACAAACUCGGCCUUGGGAAGGCGACUGCUUGACGACGUUGGUCACCGACUUCGAGAACCUAGAUGGCCAGGGCCAUGGUAUCAAGAUCGAGAACGUGGCAAUGGUACCCAGCAUGUUCUUGACUACUAUGCCGUGGUUUGACGGUCUACAAUACAAAAAUUUUGUGACUAAGAUGAGCCGCAUGGCAGGCUUUAUCACUUUGACUCGAGACAGAGACACAGGACGCAUCUUCCCCGAUCCUAUAAGUGGACAACCGCGCAUUGAUUACACUACUUCGGCAUUCGACCGCAAACAUAUCCUCGAAGGAUUGAUCGUUGCCGCCAAGAUAGCAUAUGUUUGUGGAGCUACAGAGUUCCAUACGUCAUAUCGUGAUAUGAGACCUUUCAUUCGAUCAAAAGACAAGAAUACAGCCGAUGCAGAUAUCAGUGCUACUGACGGUGGCAUCAAUGACCCCGAAUUUCAGGAAUGGAUUCGAGACUUCCGCAAAAAGUCACCUCUCGUCGCAGAGUACGGCACAGUAGCCAGCGCCCAUCAAAUGGGCACAUGUCGGAUGUCCAAUUCUCCCAAGAAGGGAGUCGUCGACCCCGAUGGUCAAGUCUGGGGUACCGAAGGACUCUACGUGGCCGAUGCAUCGGUGUUUCCUAGUGCUAGCGGCGUCAAUCCAAUGGUCACAAACAUGGCGAUCACAGACUGGACGAGUCGAAAGUUGGCAAAGGCGCUGAAUAGGGAUAAGCUCAGUCAGACUGGUGGUGCACGACUUUGA